AUGGAUACUUUGGAAUUGACAAAUUAUUUAUGCUAAUCAGAGUAAAAAUUGAGAGAUCGAAACUAUUAAUAACAAGCAAUCGAAUAAUUGGGAACUGAAGGUUUCAUCUCAAUCUGUGAUCUGAUAUAAGAGGUUAUAACCAAAACAACUUCAGGUUUAUCAUAGAUUACCCCCUUUAAGAGUAUUUAUCGAAACUAUAACAAUACUAGAAAUGAUUAAGAAUCCCCUUCAAUUGGAAUCAGAAUUAAAUUGACUUAUAAUCCAACAGAAGCUGAGAUGAGAUAAUCAGGACAUUAAAUGAGAGAAUAAGAUCCUAGGAAUCAAAAAAGGAAUUAGAAUGAUUUGUAUUAAUCUAUCAAGAAGUACUCAAGUGAAUUAUCAACAAUUAAAUUCAAGGUAUGA